CUUGUCUUUGUGCAUCGGUGUGGGUUUUUAGGCCACUGAGCGGAGCCAUUCGACACGAAAGCCAUUCGCUAAACGCAUCCGUUGCGGCUAAUUCCAGAGAUUUUGGCUCCGAGUCGCUCCCCAAGGAGCCACAGCGACUGACUGCCAUCCGCCGGAUGCAGUUACAGCCACAGCCACAGAUACAGAUACAGAUACAGAUACAGAAAACAUACUAUAUACAGAUACAGAUACUGGCUGUAGAUACAUUAUACCAAGCACUGUCGUGCUCCACUUGUGCCCAUUGUUGCUCCGCUGCUCCGCCGCCGCCUGUCACCGUAACUCACAAUUGAAUUGUUCCUUUGUUCUGUCCGCGAUCGGGCCAUCUACCUCGUCUCCAGCUCCAUCUCCGCUCCCGAAUUUCGCAUAAUUGGCUUGCCGCUUGCCGCUCUUGACUUUGUAGUUGACCGCCAGACCGAGCGUCGCCGUCGAGGAGAUCCCAGAUAGGAGUAGCAGCAGCAGCAGCAGGAGGAACAGGAGGAGCCACCAACCACAGUGUCCACAAUGCUGGUGCCGCCGGAUAUGAUGGCCGCCCAGACGCGCAUGAUCUACCAAAUGAAUCGUUAUUGCGCCGAACGCGUCCAGGCCCGCAUGUUCAAGACGGCAACGGCCAUCCGUGAGAUCUGCAAGAUCGUCCAGGACAUACUCAAGGAGGUGGAGCUGCAGGAGCCGCGCUUCAUCUCCAGCCUUGUGGAGUGCAAUGGCAGAUUCGAGGGCGUCGAGGUCAUCUCCCCCAAUGAGUUCGAGAUCGUGCUGUAUCUCAACCAGAUGGGCGUCUUCAAUUUCGUGGACGACGGCACCUUGCCGGGCUGUGCUGUCCUCAAGCUGAGCGACGGCCGAAAGCGCUCCAUGUCCCUGUGGGUGGAGUUCAUCACGGCCAGCGGUUAUCUAUCGUCGAGGAAGAUCCGUGCUCGCUUCCAGACCCUGGUGGCGCAGGCCUGCGACAAGAGUGUCUACCGGGAUAUGGUCAAGAUGAUUGGUGACACCACCGAGGUGAAGCUGCGCAUACGGGAACGCUUCAUCGUCCAGAUAACGCCGGCCUUCAAGUGCUCUGGGAUCUGGCCCAGAUCCGCUGCCCACUGGCCAGUGCCACAUUUGCCUUGGCCACAUCCCAAUAUUGUGGCGGAGGUCAAGACCGAGGGAUUCGAUUUGUUAUCCAAGGAGAGCAUUCUCAUGCAGAACAAGAACAACAACAAUAGCAGCAGCAGCAGUGGCAACAAUAGCGGGAGCAGCAAUGCCGCCAGCAUGGAGGGCGAUGCCUGGGUGCUGAGCUUCUUUGAGGCGGAGAAUCGCCUGCUCCAAGGUGGCUGCCGCCGUCGCUGCCUGAGCAUGCUGAAGACCCUGCGGGACAAGCACCUGGAGCUGCCCGGGAAUCCCAUCAGCGCCUAUCACCUGAAGAACCUGCUGCUCUACGAAUGCGAAAAGCAUCCCCGGGACUUUGAGUGGGACGAGAGCUGUGUGGCGGACCGGAUCAAUGGCAUCUUCCUGCAGCUGAUCUCCUGCCUGCAGUACCGUCGCUGUCCGCACUACUUCCUGCCGGGGCUGGACAUGUUCAAGGGCAAGUCGCCCUCGGCCUUGGAGCAGGCCGCCAAGCAGGUGUGGCGGCUCACCAGGGAGCUGCUCACCAAUGCCAAUGCCUUUGAGAAGCUCUAAGGAGGGAGGAAGUGGAGGCGUAAGGGAGAGCAUUGAGGGUGGGGGACAGGCUGGAGCAAGGAUAUUUUUUGGUAAUUUUGAUAGAAAAUUUCAGUCUUCUGUUGGUUUGAAUAUUUUAUAAAAGAUAUUUUCAUCUUAGGCCGAGAAAUCGGGAAAUUUUUGGUAAUUUUAAACGAAAUUUUAGUCUUUUGUUGAUUUUUAUAAAAGAUAUUUUAGUUUUUUAAUAUUUUCUAAAAGAUAUUUUUAUUUUAAUCUGAAAAAUUUGGAAAUUAGUUCAAGUUUUCAAGCAAAACUUACAGAACUUGGCUCCAAAAUCGAUCCAUUUCCGGUUGCGGGGGAGUGUCUGGCGACGAGUCCUUUGGCGGCCAUUUUGUGGCCUGUCCGAGAGAGAGAGAGAGAGCGAAAGAGAGAGUGCACGCGUGUGUGUGUGUGUUCCUGUGUGUAUGUUUUUGCCAAAGUGUUAAUGCCAAGAUGCGAGAUAAGGACACUCCCCAUAUGACUCGACUCCUGCUCCUGCUCCUGCUCCUGCUUUUGCCCAUCCAAGCAUUAUGGCUAAGCCCUCGAAUAUUGUUUUUAAUAACGCACGAGCAUCCUUUGUCUGUCCUUCAAUGGGAAGACAAUGGGAACAAUUUCAAGGGCCCCGGGGGGAGGGGUUGAAAAUCGAAAUGAAAAGGGAAAAGAGCAUUUGGCCAGGCGGCUCCUUUUACACAAGGAGAGAAGCCCUCUCGACGUAUACGAUUGUUUCACAGCUCGCAGAUCCUAGAUCAAAGCCGGGAAACAAAAAAAAAAAUAUAUAUAUAAAUGAAAUACAAGGAUAUGGCAAAGGGAGAUUCCAUUGAGCGUUUUAAGUCCAACUUUACAUUGUUUUUUUUACUACUUAUAUAUACUUAUCAAUAUAUACAUAUGUCUAUUAUUAGGCCGCGAUUAUUCACAGUUGGUCUAAGUGCAACAUAAUCGUAGAAUACUCGAGGGGAACUGCAUUAAGAAUAUGAG